GCAGGCGCGGUGCUAGAGGCGGACGGAUCCGGGUCCGGGCUCUGUUUCCUUUCACCAGGCCCUGCGAGCUCCCCUCCAACUGUGCCCGAGAGGGAGCGGGGUGGGGGAGAGAGCGAGCCCCGCACCCACCGCACCGCCUCCCUCCCCCGGGAUCGCACAGGGCCUCCCCGCUCCCUCCAGUCCAGUAGUGGGCUGAGCCCCCUCCCUUCCCGUGCCUUCUGCGGUACUCCCGGCGCGCUCCGAACCCCGGGAGCUGCAGCGUUCCGGGAUCGAACGCUCGCUGCGUUCCAAGAAAGCUGGCAGCGUUCGAAAUUGGAAUCCUCCCGUCGGCCUCUGCUACAUUGUUUCCUCUUCCCCACCCCCUCUCCCCGAUCCCCCUUGCCCCCGUCCCCACUGCUAUCCGAACACCCACCCCGACCCCACCCCUUUGUACCUCUCCCGCUUCCCCUCACCUCCGUCCCCGGCCCAGCAGCGCCCGGGGACCCCCCCGCCGCAUGGAAUAUCCGGCAGCUGGCUGAGCCCCACGCUGAGAAGCCGGCUCCCCGACGGGGAAGCGGAGCCGGAGGCAACUCGGAGCCUGUAGAGAGGUCUCAUGGUACCAAGUGACGUGUCCCUCCUGUGAGACUCGAUCCCCAGACCCGCCUGAGACGAUGUCAGGAAUGCAGGCCAUUUGGCCAUCCGGUACGGAAUGUAUUGCCAAGUAUAACUUCCAUGGCACCGCCGAACAGGACCUCCCGUUCAGCAAAGGGGACGUGCUCACCAUCGUCGCCGUCACCAAGGAUCCCAACUGGUACAAAGCCAAAAACAAGGUGGGCCGUGAGGGGAUCAUCCCUGCCAACUAUGUUCAGAAGCGGGAAGGAGUGAAAGCUGGAACCAAACUCAGUCUGAUGCCCUGGUUCCAUGGGAAGAUCACGCGGGAGCAGGCAGAGCGGCUGCUGUACCCCCCGGAGACGGGCCUCUUCCUGGUGCGGGAGAGCACCAACUACCCGGGCGACUACACCCUGUGUGUGAGCUGCGAGGGGAAGGUGGAGCAUUACCGCAUCAUCUAUUCCUCCAGCAAGCUCAGCAUCGAUGAGGAGGUCUACUUUGAGAACCUAAUGCAGCUGGUGGAGCAUUACACCACGGACGCCGACGGGCUCUGCACACGCCUCAUCAAACCCAAACUCAUGGAGGGGACGAUAGCGGCUCAGGACGAGUUCUCCAGAAGCGGCUGGGCCCUCAACAUGAAGGACCUGAAGCUUCUGCAGACCAUCGGCAAAGGGGAGUUUGGAGACGUGAUGCUGGGCGAUUACCGUGGCAACAAAGUCGCCGUGAAGUGCAUUAAACAUGACGCCACCGCGCAGGCCUUUCUGGCGGAGGCCUCAGUGAUGACGCAGCUCCGACACAGCAACCUGGUACAGCUGCUGGGGGUGAUCGUGGAGGAGAAGAGUGGUCUCUACAUCGUCACUGAAUAUAUGGCAAAGGGAAGCCUAGUUGAUUACCUGCGAUCCCGAGGGAGGUCUGUGCUGGGGGGCGACUGCCUGCUGAAGUUCUGCUUAGACGUCUGUGAAGCCAUGGAGUACCUGGAAGCCAACAACUUUGUCCACCGGGACCUGGCGGCGAGGAACGUGCUGGUCUCAGAGGACAACAUCGCCAAAGUCAGUGACUUUGGGCUGACGAAGGAGGCGUCGUCCACUCAGGACACGGGGAAGCUGCCAGUGAAAUGGACGGCACCGGAAGCACUUAGAGAAAAGAAAUUCUCCACCAAGUCGGACGUGUGGAGCUUCGGGAUCCUUCUCUGGGAAAUCUACUCCUUCGGGCGAGUGCCUUAUCCGAGAAUUCCUCUGAAGGACGUCGUUCCCCGCGUGGAGAAGGGGUACAAGAUGGACGCCCCCGACGGCUGCCCCCAGGUCGUCUACGAGGUGAUGAAAAACUGCUGGACCCUGGACCCCAUCAUCCGGCCUUCCUUCCACCAACUACGGGAACAGCUAGAGCAUAUCAAAGGCAACGAGCUCUACCUGUGAGACGGGGGGGCGGGGCUUCCUCAAGACACCCCCCUUCUCCCUUCGGUCCCGCCCCACCCCCCUGCUCAGGUAGCGGGGGUGGGGGAGGGGUCAGGUGGGGGAGGGGAGAAGGACUGAGCGAGCUGCUGGACCUGCUCCACCCAUGGAACUAUCCUAGAGAGACAUAUUGGACUUGUGCAUAUCCCCACCCUAGGUCUGCCUCCCCCUCCUCGGGUCCCUUAGGCUGGGCCGGCUGGAGAUGCGGGAGUGAGAUGGAUUGAUUGAGGCUGCCCCCACCACCUUGUCCCUGUAGAAACCAAACCGGGAAGGGAAUCCUAAUAUUUUAGCGGCAUGUUGUUACCCCCACACUCCCUCCCUGCCCCCAACCGCCGAUCCUUCCCCACAGAGUUUCUCCUCCUCGAUUUCUCCCAGGGAUCACAUCUCCGUUUCUCCAGCUCACAGGAUCGCGACAGCAGGGGCCGGGGCGGAGGGAGGGAAGCCAGAGGAGGAUGGGGGAGAGGAUAAAUGGGGGGUGUCCUACUGCUGGGGGUAUUUCCCACUCCUCACACGAGUCCUGCGAUUGCUUAAAAACUUCUAAUUCAGUUGUUUUCUCUGGGUUUUUUUGGGUUAUUUUUUAUUAUUUCAAAUGGAAACAGGCCAGCCAAGCGCUGGGGUUUUACUAAAGUACGAAUCUCUUAUUUUUUAAUGUAAUUGAAAAAAAAAUUUAAAAAAAGGUUUAAAAAAGAAAGAAACAAAUCGACCCACCCGAAGGGAAGGAAAAUCCCAAGUCUGCUAAUUGACCGGGUGAAAUAACUGAGAAACCAAGGGUGAUUGUUGAAUUGUUUCGCUUUAACUUGUUGCAGUGUUUUGCAUGCCGUCUCCAGAGGCCUUUUCCAGUCCUGUCCAGUGCUUUAUUCUCAUGUAAUGCUGCCAACUGUGAGAUUAAACUGUAAUAAAACCAUUCCAUACGGACACACAC